AUGAAUAAUAGCAACUUUGAAAAUUUUAUUGAAUAUAAUACUGCUGAAAAUUCUGUUAAUGUUCCAUUUGGUCGGACUGCAGAAUAUUAUCUAAAAAAUCAUCCUUUGCUUAAAAAUAUUCGUUUAAAAAGUCAAAGUCAAAAGAAAACUCCUGAAUUAGUUAAAGAAGGAAUUAUCACAAUUGAACGUGUUGAAGGAGCUGUUGAUUUUAUUGAAUGGCGAACAAAGACUGGUCAAACAAAAUCAACUAACCGGAUUGAUGAUAUAGUUAAAUUAACAGAAAAGGGAGAGGAACUAGUUAAACAAAUUGAAGCAGGAGUAAAAAAAGAUAAACUAUGCUGGUCUUGGGUAAUGUAUUGUGCUGAAGAUGGUAAUUCUUGUCAAUAUGAAUGUGGUGGAAUUGGUAAAUGCAUAGAAGGUUGUCAAAAUGAAGCAUUACCAAAUAAUCUAAAAAACUAUAAUGAUAUGCAUUUGUGCAAAGUACGCAUCAUUUCAGAAGUAUAUUUAUCUAAAAUUGAUCGUCCAUGUCCUCUUAAAAUAAAAGUUUUAAAUAGCCAUUUACCAUCCAAUGUUCUUACAACACAUACACCACAAAUUAACCGGUUGAGUUUAACUAGGCAAGUACGUGAUAAUAUUAUAAUAAACCGUAGAGCAGACCAUAAAACAACAAAAAAUAUUAAAGCAAAAAUGUUGGCUUCUUACAAUGGUGCUAACGAAGAAGAUUUGCGAGAAGCAUUACGUAAUCAAAAGGAAUUAUGUGAGGAUAAAAAAUUGUAUAGGUUUUUGGUGCGUGAUGAUAGACAAACUAAAGAAAAUGCAGGACCAUUGACAAUCUUGCACUAUUUAGUUAACGAAAUACUUAAACCAAAGGGAAAUGUUCUUUAUUAUCAACAACCCAAUUUAUCAUCAUCAGAAACGAGUUCAGAACGUUUUUAUCAAUUAACAUUAUCAAAUCAAUUAUGGUUAAAAAAUGCUCAAAGGUAUGGAAAAUACUGUAUUGGAGUUGAUAGCAAGUAUGACUUAAAUAGUGAUCUCUCACCAGUACUUGCAGUUGUAUCCGAAAAUGAUGCUGGAUUUGGUACACCAUUAGUAUUUGGAUUAUCUAAUAAAGAAAAUAACUGGACAACUAGUAUUGCGUUGAAAUUAUUGAAAAAUAAUAUAUUAUGCAAUGAUUCAAAUUGUGAACAUAAAUGGUAUUAUGAAGAUUUGCCAAAUGAAAAAGGUUUUCAAAGGAUUACAGAAUGUGCCAAAAAUCACAAUUGGAUUCUGUUGGUAAUGAUAGAUAAACAUCGACCAACUAAAAUAGCCACCGAAAAUGUGGUAGACCGCACAAUUUUGUGUUGGUUUCAUAUCAUGCAGACAUUCGGUGAAAACCUGAAUAAUUGGAAAGUACCAUGGCCAUUAAGAUACCCAAUAGCAUUGGCAUUUAAAAUAGUUGGUAGAAGUAGAUCUAUAGAGUUAGCUAAAGAAUUAGGACCAUUAUAUUCAGAAUUUAUUAAUUCGCUGGAUAUUACACAGGAAUUAAAAAACAGGACCCCGGAUAUCUCCAAAACAGAUGCUGGAAGAAUUCUUGAAAAUCCAAGUAUAAUGCAUAUCAUGACAACAAAUAAUUACACGGAAAGACUAAAUCGUACAAUUGAGUCUCAAUAUAGUGGUACAAGAACAGUUGUCAAUUUUAUUGAACGAUUGUAUGGCAUUCAAUUACUUCGAGAAAAUUUAACAGAUAAAUGCGGCAAUUUAAGGUUUGAAGCUGGACUUGCAACAAUAUUUGAUAUGCAAACAAUUGAACAGGAAUCACAAGCUACGCAUAUCGCAUCAGAUAAAUUGCGCAGAAUAAAUCAUGGAAGAUUAUUAUUUCUGUUGGAUUACGUUAAAUGCACUGGUAUUGAUGAUUAUUUUUAUGUAAAAAAGGGAAAUAAUCCAUUUGCAUUAGAAUCUCCAUAUAACAAUGAAUUAAUUUGGCUGGAUAAGUAUAAUUUAAACUUGCUUAUUCUGUUGCAUAACAAGCUAAUGGAACAGCACUUAAACAAGAUCCCAAAUUAUUUGGAACAUUCCGAAUAUUAUUUAAUCAAUAUAAAAACAGGAGAAUGUACAUGUUUUGAUUAUGUAUGGAAUGGUCCAUUCAGAGAUGUCUGCAAACACUGUCAUGCAGUGUCAAUUUUUAAAGAAUCAAUUGGAGUUUCGGAUCUAUUAUUGUUUAAGCAAGAAGUUAAAAAGGAGUUGGUACAAUAUUUUAAAAAUAAGCAAAGAGUAUUACCCGCAGAAUCAAAAAAUCUAGUGAUAUAUAAUGGUAAUGUUGAAGCUGCUUAUUCAGAAAUAAUUGAUUUAUAUAAAACUCAUGGUAUAUCGAUAUUUAAAUCAUACUCCCGACCAAAUGAGAAUAAUAAAGAUCCGUUCCAGCCUGUAAAACUUGAUUAUCAUAAAGGUAAUAAUGGGGCACCUCUGAAAUCAUCAGCAAACCCAAGAAAACCAAGUAGGAUUCUUAAAACUACUGAACGAAAUAUUUCACCUUCUGAACAAACAAGAAGCACAAAAAGAAUUUGA